AUGGAUUUGGAAGUUAAAGGUGUUGGUGCAUCCCCUCGAAGAAAGGCUGAGUUGUCAUUGAGGGGGAAGAAAUGUCAGGGUUGGAGACCAAAUAGACAGGCUACAAACAGUCCUUGCCCGCCAGAGGUGCCAUGCCUAGAUCUGGGGAGGCUGGGAGAUUCUGAUGAAGAGGAUGGGGACUCUUACAUGCCAUACACUGGAAGUUCUUCUCUUAGGUGCCAGCAAGAUUCAUCUUCAGAGUGGAGAAUGUCAUUACAGACUCCAUAUGCACAGCAUCAACAUGUCAGUCAACAUUGUGUUUUGGAGCAGAGGACAAGACCAGAAAAUCUGCCGUCCCUCAGAGACAGAUCCAAGUCGAAGCAUGGUCAGUAUGAAGCAGGUAUGAAGGAAGAAUAUAAGCAGCAUCCUCAGAGAAUUGCAGAAAAGAAAAAAGACCACCUCCAGUGUCCAGACACUUCAAUAAAGGGUACACAGCUUGAAGAUGGAGACAAUGAUUUUCUAACCCUUGAUAAGAAAGCUCUCCUGCAACAAUGCUAUACAAACAAACCUUAUAAUAUGCAGCACAACAUAAGGAAAUCAGAAGCUGAGGAUGUUGCUUCAGAGAGGAGAAAACAGGCUGUUGUAGAACAAGUUAUGGUGGAUCAAUUAUGUAGAGCUGUUAUAAGUGAUCCAGAGCAGUCCACACGUUCCGAUGCUUGCAAGGAAGCUCCAGGACUUCUGGGAGUUGGGAUGGCGCCAAUGCGUUUUAGAAAAAGGACUCUCCAUGAAACAAAAAUAAGGACCAAAUCAGGACUAACUGAGAACAUGCUCUCCAACAAGCUACGCUUCGAUAGUAGGAUUAUAUCGAGAAAUGGUCACGAUGCUUGUAGGGAGUUGAUUGGAUUCUUUUUCAUGUGUGACAAAUCCCUUACUGUGUAUGAAUUUCGACAGUUUGGAAAAAACAGGACAAAUGCCUUGCCUUUCAUUCAGAAGGGAGUUUAUCAUCAUCAACGUGGACAAAGAAAGGGAAAAGCUUAUGAUCUUAGUGACUUCUACGUUGGAGCCAAUCUGACUUUCCGAAGUGUCGAUCAUAACCUUCCAGAAAGUGUUAAGCAGAACCCUUUCUUCACCCUUCGUGUGAUAAGUAUUGAUGAAGCAGCUAUGGAUUAUCUAAAAGCUUCCUCUGUGGAACUCAAGGAAGAAUGUUCCAGGCAAGUAGUUGAUGACAGUGAAGUUUUCAAGAAGAUUCAAGGUAUAUUCAGAGAAACACUAAGUAAAAGAGGAUUUCGGGUUAUAACAGGCUUAGGAAAGUAUUUCCGACAAAUGGACAAGAACAGAAAUGGUCUUCUCUCUCGGGCAGCCUUGAAAGAAGCUCUAAAAGUAUUCCAUUUGGAAAUGCCUGAAGGGGACUUUGAAUCCUUAUGGCUUAUUCUUGAUGACAGCAAGAAUGAUAAGGUCGACUAUGGAGAAUUUACUCAUGCCAUAUUUGGAGAAAUGAAUGAAUAUAGGAAAACAUUUGUAAGAAAAGCGUAUAUGAAACUAGAUUUCAACAAAACUGGGAGUGUGCCUAUGGUAGAUGUCAGAAAAUGUUACUGUGCAAAGAAACAUCCUCUAGUAUUGGCAGGCAAAACUGCAGAAGAAGAAAUUAAAUCAUCAUUUCUAGAAGCAUUAGGAGAGUCCUGCAGCAACCCCAAUGAAGUGUCCUAUUCUGAGUUUGAAGAUUACUAUGAAGGAUUAAGUUUUGGAAUUGUGGGUGAUGAUGAUUUUGUUAAUAUCUUAAGGAAUUCAUGGGGAAUUUAGAGUGGAAGAUGACAAAAAAGAAGAAGGGACACUUUCUAAAC